UCGCACUGCAAAGCAGCAGCGAACUCUCAAACACCUCCAACCACACAGGAUGCUACAGUUCUGUCUAAAACAACCACAAAGGAAAAGAAGCCCAAGCAAUUAUCUCCCAUGGCAACAGAUCAACCGCCAAAGAAGAGCAAGAAAGUCUCUGCACAUUCCUCACAGUCCGAGCAGUUAACGUCGACCCUGAUAGCUAAUAAGAAGAAGCAGAAGAAGCUCAAAGAAACUGCCUCCUCGUCCUCUCCAUCGUCUGCUUUGCCAAAACCAGAGAAGAAGAGUCUCCGUGCUCUGAUAGAAGAGGCAAAGCCCGUCGCCAAUGUGAAGGAAACCAGAUCAGCCUCAAAAGAUUCCAGUUUGAGUAAAAGCAUCAACCAAACAGAGACCAAAGUGGCUCCAGAAUCAUUUCAUGAUGCCGACGUUUUCUCAGGAACUAAAGUUAAAAAACAGCCAAAGAUGAAGGACGUAGUUUGUGGCUGGAAUUCUCUGGACUCUAAUCUGGGUCCAGAUCAUUCAGGCCUUCGUCGUAUUAAGGAAAACGUCUGGGUGGACGGUGAUGGGGAGGAUAAGGAGGGACUCACAGUUAUAGGUCGUCACCGGGGGAAAGUUACCCUACAAGACGUUAAAUCCACGCUGGGCCGAGCCGCCAGCCGCCGGCAGUCCAGCAUCCUGAGCCGCAUCACAGCCGCGGACCAGAUGAAGCUGGACGUCGAGCCCAGUCCACUUCCUGUGGAGACCCAGAAACAGGAGACAACUCAGUCCAAUAAGCAGCUCAGCGUAAAGGAAUCUGGAGCGUCUCCUUCUAUCCAACAUCAGCUGCUGAGUUCAGCAGCACAGGGAGGACGGAGUCGCCUCGCUGAACCCCUCCUCUCAGCGCCUAGCAACCAGCUCUCCUGCCACCUCCAGUUUCCCAGGAUGGUUGAAGAUCUUCAGCUGGACGUCAGGAAGCAGAACCAGCUGAUUGAAGGAUUGGCGACGCGGCGGCAUGUGGGCCAGGUGAGGCUGAAGGAGCUGCCUGAUUGGCUGCUCAGCAGAAUGCCCAGACGCCCCAGAGACGCGGUGGAAAUGAUGCAGAGAGGCUGGCUGUGGUACUACAGAAGGUACAUUGACGUGAAGAAAGGCGGCGUGGGCGGUCUGAGCAUGCUGCUGGCAGGAUACUGCGUGCUCAGCUACGUCUGGAGCUACCCCCACCUGAAGUCGAGCCGCUGGAGGAAGUAUCACUGACCGUGAAGGUUUGGACUCUGAGGAAAAGCAGGAAGAAUCGGAACCACUUCUAUGAAUGUGACUGAAUUCCUUUAUUAGAAUAAAUUAUUAACCUGAAUCAAGUAUUUAUUUAGAGUGGAGCCGAGGCUCAGAGCCGCUGCUGGUCAGGAAGGAUCUACUGGUUACUGAUUAGUAUUUUAUUUUAAAGUAUUAUUUGUUCUAUUAAACUUUUAUUUAACCGCUGGCGUUGAAACAAUAAGCUGGACU